AUGAAGCGAGCACGCAAUGAUGCGGAGGCGAGCAACAAGAAGAAGUCGUUGCGCACCCGAUUCAGAAAACUGGUGCGGGCGGUGAUUAUGAACCAGCACUGGCUGAUCGAUGCCGAGGAUCAGGGUCUCUCGAUGAACGUCAAGAAGAAUGUGGCUCUGCUGGUGCGGCAGAAGAAGAAGCGGGGCAUGAUCACCGUAGCGGACAAGGCGCUGUUGCGCACGCUACCCUGGGCGCGGACAAUCGAUGAUCGGAAAAAGCUCUGUAUGGUCUUAGCCGGGCUAACAUGUUUCGCCAAGAUACCCCCGAAAAUCAGGGCUCGCAUGGUGCCGGUAAUAAAGCUAUUGUCCAUCAAUGAGUCGCGAGUGCUGAUCAAAGAAGGGGACUUGCCCAUUACCGUGUACUUCAUACUGAACGGCGAGGUCGAAAUGAAAAGAUCCGAAUACAAUAAGGUCACAAAGGAAAUCACUCAAGUAUCAAUUGCCAUAUUCGGUCCGGGCGACUGUAUCGGAGAAGUGGAAAUGGUUGAGGACUGCCCCAGAAUGAACACAUACACGACGCUGUCAAAUUGUGAAAUAUUGGCCUUGUUCGAUAACGACUACAAUCGCAUUCUGAGGCCGUUUAUGGAGAAGCAGUGGAACGAAAAGAAGGAAGCACUGCGCGCCUUCCCCUACUUUGAUUUUUUGAACGAGGAUCAGAUACGACGCGCCUGCAUGUUCGGAUCAGUGGUGCAGUACGAUCCUCUGGAGACGAUCUAUGUCGAGGACAAGGGCUCUUUGAACAUGGUGCACUUUAUUUUGAGCGGCGAAUGCGUUGUCCUGCAAUGCCUAAACCUCAAGAUCAAUCACAGUAGGGGAAAGACCAUUAUCGAUCUGUCAGAUAUGGAAAAAGACGAGUCCAAGGCCAUGUUUCUGGAAACAAGGAACUCGUCCUAUGCUCCAGAACAGUCGUAUUUGGAUGUUCAGAAUUUGUUGGCCUCAACCUCCUCGGAAGAAGAGGGCGAGUCGAAAGGCCUCAGGAAACAAAUGCGCAAAAUGGGACUAAAGGAAAUCGAGGCGUUCUGCGGCUUGGGCCCAGCCAGCUUCCUUGAGAAGCACGGACAUCGGAGGAAAACCGUAAUGCACGCGAAAAGAAUAACCCACAAACCGAGAAGGCCCACCAUCGAGUCCGAGGAGAUUGAGGACGCCGAAGAGGAGGAGCAGUUUUUCGACUACGAGGACUAUUUCGAAUACUUCGGCGAGGAGGUAUCCGUUGAAUCGGAAUUCUCCCUUGCCGUGGAAUCCUCCAGCUCGGAAACAAAGCGUAAAACCCUCGUCUCCAUAUCGCCAUCGAAGCAUGGAACUGACUCCCAGCUCUCUAUGAAGCGUACAACAGUUGCCUCCUCUCAAUCCUCGAAAAGGUUGGGCACCAUAAGGUCCCAAUUGCUUUCGCCUAGUCGGUCAGAUGCGGCACUUCGCUCUUCGAGGCACGACACCACGAGGACCCAUUUUAUAGACGUCGGCUCGCUCACAUUCGGUGCCAUCUUUGGCCUGGGCGAAAAGAUGGAGCAUCGCGUGAUAAUGGCCCGUACUGUGGUCCAGUGCCUGGUCCUGCCGCGCUUCUGGCUGCUGGAGGAGGAGCAGAAUCCGGGUAAUAUCUGGCAGCGUCGUCGCUUCUACUUCGAGUGCAGUGUGCCCUCGCGGCAGGCCCUGUUCGAAGACUACCUGAAGACCCGGCGCUGGGACAAGUUCCGGCGCGCCUACAUUCAGAGCACUCUGGACCCCAACUCGAAGAGCAAUGUGACCCAGGAGGAGGACAUACCUAUUAUAUGUCGCAUUGUGGAGACCAGCGAUCAUACAUAAGGGCUCGGCAUCCACCCGCUAUUCAUGGACUCCAGCUAAUGGCUGCAUUUCCCAUUCUCCAAAUUCAUGUACAAUGAAGUAAUACAUAUGUUUUGACUAUA